AUGGCGAAAAGAAAAAUGGAAAGAAAGGCAUACCUUGUUCUUUACGCGUGCAGUCUAACCCGAGCAGUGCACAUGGAGUUGUUGAAAUCACUGGAAGUUGCAGAGUUCGUCCCGAGCCUGAAGAGAUUAAUUGCAAGAAGAGGAAGACCGGAAAUAAUAUAUUCGGACAACGCUACUACAUUUAAGGCUGCAGAAAAGUGGCUUAGAUUGGCCCAGAAAGAUGAAAAGCUCAACUUGUUUCUUACUAAACGAAAGAUAGAAUGGAGGUUUAACUUAAGUCGAGCUCCUUGGUGGUUGGGGGCAUUUGAGCGACUGAUUGGUCUUUUUAAGCGUAGCUUUUAUAAGAGCGUUGGAAAUGGUAGAUUGACAUGGGAGGAGUUGUCUGAAGUCAUCUUGGACGUUGAGGUAGCACUUAACAAUCGCCCAUUAAGCUACGUAGAAGACGAAAUUGAGCAACCAGUGCUCACUCCCAACAAGCUGCUGCACAUAAACCCAAAUGAUCUUCCUGAAGUCAAACCUCAUCAUCAAGAAUCGACCGAUCUACGGAAAAGAGCUAAACAGCUGAAGAAAUACAAAGAUCAGAUGUGGCGACGAUGGACGCAAGAGUACAUCAGAGGAUUGAGAGAGCACCACAAGCAAAGGAAUGGUGGAAAGCAAUCAGAUUAUCCGAACCAUGGGGAUGUGGUAACAAUUGAAGGUGAAGAAAGGAACCGGAAUAUGUGGAAGAUAGGUAUUUUGGAAGACCUGAUCCGUGGACGGGACGGAGUUGUACGGGGAGUAAGGUUGAGAACAGCGAAGGGAAGACUCGAGCGGGCUGUGCAGCAACUCUACCCUCUAGAGUUAUCGUGUGACUUAGAUCCCAAAGGCGAAUUGAAUCCUGCAGCUCCUGAAUCCCAACCGAAACCACGACGUGAUGCAGCAGUCGCUGCAGAAGUGACAAUGCAACAACAUGUGGAAACUGAAGAGUGGUGA